GAAUCUGGCACCUAAAGAAGUCCGCUUCAAGCUCCCUCCAACUAACUACUUUAUCAAAUCUAAUAAAACCAACACCCAAAACAUUACCAGUAACAUUUUGGGAUCUUAAUAUUAAGUUAAUAUGGACAAAAGUGAUACCAAAAGCAGAGAAAAAAACAGGACUAAGAUUGGCCAAGCCACUACUACUACUACUGCCUUUGGACUUGGUGGAGGAGCCUUGGCUGUGGCUGGUUUAGUGGCCUUUUAUGCUAUCAAGAGAUACAGAAGAAACAAGGGUGGUUGUACUACUAAAACACCCAAAGAAUGCUUUUUCAAAUGUUUGCCAAAGAAGGAUGAAGAUUCAGGUGGAUUGCAUUCUCUUCUUGAGACAUCUUCUUCAUCCCCUCUUGACAGUUCAAGUAAAUCAUCAGAUCAUGAAACUUCAAACAUGAGCACGGUGGUGGCGACCCAGGAAAUGAAAAAUUUUACUGAACUGGAAAUAACAUUAGAGAAUGCCCUCCAUCUAGAGGAGGAUCCUAAGGUUGAUCUGCAAAUGCAAUCAGCCAAAGGCGACACCGAAGAGGUAGCACGUCCAGCAGAAGACAAUACAGAGGAACGAACCUACUACAUGAAUAAAAACGAUGUCAUUUUCAACAAUACAGACGCGCAAGAGUUGAAAACAACUCAGGACAAACGAACAGAGGAGAAGAUAAAGGAGUUGGAGAUUACUGGAGAAGAAGUGAGGUCGUACAGGUUUUUUGUUAGAAUUUUGUACGUAAUGCUCCUGCUGCUGCUCUUUUACCGUCGUUUUCCCCUGCUUCUGGUAAUGCUACUUCUGCACCUAUUUACUUGUUCAGGGAGGUUCAAAGCACUGUUGUAAAACAUUCGAGCUAAUUGUGAUAAACAAAAAUGACCGUGUAUAUGACUGGUGUAUUACGAGUAAAAAUAAGAAGCAUUUAUUAUGAUGUAAGUUUUGCAGUUGUUCAAGGCAGAUUUUUCAGUUCUGUUCUGAUCUUUUCUUUUCAUUUUUUUUUUACUACAAAGAGGGAAGAUAAAUGAGGUAGUAUGUGUACUGCAGAAAGAUUAAUUCUAGUACAACCUCAGUAUAGGUGAAUCAAUGUCCUCCCACAAGUAUGUUUUUACAAAAUGUAUGCUAAUUAUCCUAACUAUGCACUCUUUUUCCCUAUAUACAGUGCCCUGAAUUCAGACUUUGCUCGCAACUGGCUGCUGCUGGUUUAUUUUGUUACCGAGUGUCCAACAAAUUAAUCAAAAUUAAGAAAAGCUACUACUUAACGAACAUGGUGAUGUAUCUCAACUUUC